CAAGGUGUCUUAUGCACAUUACCUCAUCUUUCCUUAGGGGAUAGAGAGAACCCAGAGUGCGUGACAGGCUCAUUGGUGCAGACUGAAAAAUUCCUGGCUGACCAGGUUAAGACUACAUUUCUGGGGGAGGUUGGAACUGCAGUUAGAUUACAUAUUAGGCACCAGUUUGAGAACUAGGUCUAAGUGACAAUCAUUUUGGGUCUGUGGUUGUAUGUGUGUGUGUUUGAACACCCUCAAAUCUGUUCUUCAGUUUUCUUGAAAAUUUCUACCUACUUAUGUAAACCCCUGACAUCCCGAAAGAGGACUUUGGCUUCCUCCCUUUUGACCUCAAACUUUUUAGUUGGGUUUUUCUUUCUAGCUUAUCUCUUGGCUCAGGCAGAAGACCCUGAGGGCAAAGCAUCCCCCGAGGGGGACCGAAAUUACGCCCUCAAGCAACAAGGACUGCCCUCAGCCAGCAAGACCCCCAUCCACGAUUGACCCCAAGAGGAUGAUCAAUUUAACCUUCACUGCCUACCUGCACGUACCUACCCUUCUUUGCCCCACAUUUGCCUUACGUAAUCCUGGAAGUAUUUUCGACAUUUUGGAGACAGUCUUUGAGACCGUCCGCUGUUUUCCUGGUGUUGGCCUCCCUGAUAUAAAUUCCUUUCUUGCUUCACCACCACUCGUCUCUCUGCCUUUGUGUUUUGUCAAUGCCAGUUAACGGACUUGGUCUGUUUGGGAUCCCCACACCAGGCGCUCUUUCACCCCUUGUGCCCUUGGCGCGCCGGCUACCGUCCCCCUCCUCUACCGUCCCCCUCCUCCACCCACCAUAGCCUCCACUGUUAACUUCCUUUCUGAACCACUUUGCCAUCUACUCUGUAAUUGUGUUCCUCCCUGUUGGGCUGCACUGCUUCAGAGUUCUCUCAGGGUCAAGAAUCCAUACGCGUGUUAAGCACUGUCUGUGGACAAAUAAAUGAUGUGUCUUGUACAUAUGUGUUAAUAUUUUCCAAACAUGUAGCUGCUGUUUUAAUUAAUAAAUCCCUUAAAAGCAUCAUAGACAUUUUUGUUGUUGCUUUUUGUUAUGGAGAUUUUCACUCAGUGGUAGAAGAACUACUGUAUAGAUACCUGCCAUAUUUUCUGACAUUAAUAAAGACCGUUUGUGUUUGCAACAGUUAGGAUAUACUGCCCCACAAAUAAAACAUGCCGAAUUCCGCUUCAGGUUUUUCACUGUUGCUUUUCUUUUGCUGUUCUGUCUCUUUAAUUUGUCAGUUUCUUAAGGGCAGGGGUUGUAGUUCUUCUUCCUUUUACCUUUCUUGGGCCAGGCUGCAGCUCUUGGGCCAAAUCCAGCCCAUGACUUGUUCCUUUUGUAAAUCUCCAGAUCCUGGUUUUUACACACCACCAUUUGCAGUCAGUCUGAUAGGAAACACUUUGAACCCCAAUUAAGUGAAAUGUUACCUCCUCCCCAGAGAGAAUUCCGUGGUUCUUAUUUGUUGUAGACUUGUAUUGCAAAAGUUGUGUUCAAUUUCAUAUUUUUAACUUUGUCCACCAAAAAUUUGUAGAAAUAUGUGGGCAAACAAAUUUGUUAUGGAAAUACCUAUGUAAUAUACUCAAUAUUGCCUCUUGGCCUUAAUAGCCUAAAAUCUUUACUAUCUGACCCUUUACAGAAAAGGUUUACUGACCCCUGCCCUAUAGCAGUAGUUCCCAAAUUUGUCUGCACAUCUGAAUUAUCAGAGGAGCUUUAUGUAUGUGUGUUUUCCUCCAUCCUGGAGAUUCUGAUUCAGUACAUUGAGAUGGAACCUGGGAACCUGUAUUUUUAAUAAGCUGUUUAGUUGUUUGGGAGUCACUGUUCUUUCAUGCAUUUUGUAGGGUUAAACUCCAAGAGCUAAUGAAAUGGAUAUUGGAUUAGAUGCCAGAGGACAGCUUCUUAUUUUCUUCAACAUGUACCAACUAUGGAACCAUAUCCAAGUAGUGACUUGUUUUGUAGGUUUUUAAAAAAUUUCCAGUUCAUCUGUUUAUAGACAGUUUUGCUCUGUCCUCUACAGUAGUAGUUGUUUUACCUAUUGGGAUUCAUAAGAAUUGCUUUUAGAGUCUGAUAAAAGUUAUGGGCCCACCCCCUAGAACAGUGCACCUGUGUUAAUUUCCUAUGACUGCCAUGGCAGUUUACUCCAGAAGCAUGUAAAACAACAGAAAUUUAUUCAUGCAUAUUUCUGGAGACCAGAAGUUCACGUCAGGGUGCCAACAGGGCAGAGACUCCAGGUGACAUUCCUUGCCUCUUCCAGCUUCUGGUAGCUGUAGGCAUUUCUGGACUUAUGGCUGCAUCACUCCAGCCUCUGCCUCUGGGGUCACAUUGCUGCCUCUUCUGUGUUCUGUGUGUGUCUGUAAUAAGGACACUUAUCAUUGAUUUAGGGCCAUCUGGAUAACCCAGAAUAAGUUCCUCUCAAGAUCCUUUAUUCACAGGUUCCAGGGAUUUGAUGUGGAUGUCUUGUGGGGUGGAGGGUGGGCAUUUUUGGAUUUACCAUAGCACCUUUGCACAUGCUCACAGUUUUACAGUUUCAAAGGGUUCACGACUCUGAGGUCCAUGUAUGGACUCCAUGGACUCCAGGUUUAAACUCUUUGCUCAGUGAGAAGCACCUUACACCUACAGUGUACUCUAGUUAUUAGUCCCUAUUCUCUCCUCUUAUGUCAUAUUCUUUUUUUUUUAAUUUAAAUUUAUUUAUUUAUUUUGAGAUACAGAGACAGCAUGAGUAGAGGAGGGGCAGAGACAGAGGAGAAGAGAGAGAGAAGCCCAAGCAGGCUCCACGCUGCCAGUGUGGAGCCCAACGUGGGGCUUGAACUCACAAACUGUGAGAUCAUGACCUGAGCCAAAAUCAAGAGUCAGACACUUAACCAACUGAGCCACCCAGGCGCCCCUCUCCUCUUAUAUCAUGUUCUUAUAUUCAUCAUGCUAUUACCACUGAAUCUUGAAAUGGUGUUGUUUUCUUCUCAUGACCUUAGAUUCUUUAGGGUUUGCUUUUUGAGCUGGUUUCUCUGCUUCCUUUAGGAACUCUUUAUCUUCUGAUAAGACUUACUAUUUUAAAAGAAAAGCCAAGUUUUUCCCAAGCCUUUCUACUGAAUUCUGUAUCAAGGAGGCUAACUUCUGUGCAAACCAUAUGUAACUGAUUAUGCCUCCAGUGAGAAGAGAAACUUACCUGGAGUACGAUGUGCCAGGCCUUCUAGCAAGUGCUCUCACUUGCUCACGUGGCUUAAUUAAAUACUGAAACCCAUCCUCAGAGGGAGGUCAUAUCAGUCCUACUAAAUAAGUGAGGAAAUAAAGACUGGUGGAAGUUAAGUAACUCGUUCAGUGUGGGUGACAGAGCUAGCAAGGGACAGAGCUGGUCUGUGAAUGAAGGUCUUCUGCCCAUGCUGCUUUCAUUAUACCAUGAAAACAUAGCAUACCUCCCUUUUAGUUGAAUGCUUAGUAAUCUGCGUAGACAGGGGCUAUCAAUGCUUUGGUGUCAGGAACCAGCAGACCUGGAUUUCAGUCAGGUUUACAGUGCUUACUUAUCGUAUUACCUUGUACAAUAUCUUCUCUGAUCCCUACCUUUAAGUAAGACCGAUACCUGGCUUGUGUGCCUUAUGGGGCUGCUCUAACAACUGACAGACUAUGAAUGAAAGUUCCUCAAAAUCAGAAAAUCUUACUAAUAUGCAGUAUAAUUAAUUAGUUUCUCAUUUGAUUAUACUUUUAGUAGUUUCUUCUUUUACUAUCCUAGAUUUCAAAGUUUGGGAAUAUGGUCAAGCCUCCAACCAGAGGCUACAUUAGUUCCAAGGCUGAAUUUGUUUGCUUAAGACCUCUUGGGUGCUUGGCUGGUACGAGUGCUUACAUUUGCUUUCUUCUCUUUCAUUUUUAGGGGAAUCCCCACUUUUGUCUAGUUCAGCUGCACUUAGGAUAUCUACAUGUGUGAUAAGUUUCUGAGCAGUUCUCUCUCCUAGGUUAGUUUUUAACUCCUCUCAUUGCCUCUUUGCCAUGGGUUUGGGUGGUGGCCUGGGACUAUGCUCUGGAGACUCUUCCCUUUUCUCUACCCGCCCCCCCCAAUUUCUUGACACCUUCAUUCAUCCGGAGAUAGUUUCUUAUCCAAAGCUAAAAUCCUGUCUCUCUUACUUGUCACUAAUUAUAGGCUCCUUCUAUCUUUGCCCUUGUCUUCCAAGAUAUAAAGAUACUACAGACAUUCCAUCCUAAAAAAAUACCCCCAUUUUACAAACAACUUCAUUCCUUUCCUCCAUCCCACAUAUGGCCAGUUUCUUUUCCCUGCUGGCUUUCUGUGGUUUAUAAGAUAAUAUUCAAAAACUUGGUGCUUUAAUAACCUGGCUCAGGCCUGCUGCUCAGCCUUAUCUUUUGGUGAGCUUUUCUUUUAUUCUUCCAGUUACAGUGCAGAAUGUCCUUUUUCUAUCAAGAGCCCGUCCCUUUGUUUGGAUUCCAUUCCUUCUUGCUUGCUCAGGAAACUUCCUUUAGUGUUAAGGUCCUCUUUCUUCACCUUUCACAAAAACUCUCAAAUUUCCAAUUAUACUUAAAAAGUUGUAGAAUAUGGUAAUCUGGGUUCACAUUCCCAGAGAUGGGAGUGGGGCAUGUGCUGUCUAUUUUAACACAGUCCCAUUGCUUAGGGGCACCAGGGUGGCUCAGUCAGUUAAACGUCUGACUUCCUCUGUCUUCGGCUCAAGUCAUGAUUGUGAGGUUCCUAGGCUCGACCCCCAUGUCGGGCUUUGUGCUGACUGCUCAGAGCCUGGAGCCUGCUUUGAAUUCUGUGUCUCCCUCUCUCUCUGUUCCUCCCCACCUCGUGCUCUGUCUCUGUCUCUAUCUCUCUCUCAAAAAUAAUAAAAAUUAACAUUAAAAAUUUUUUUUUAAAAAGUGUAUCUGUUAUCUGACCUCAGAUUUACAGAUAUAAUCUUAUUUUUCAUUCUUUAAAGUACCAGCUAUCUAUCCCAGAAGGUGUCUACCUAGGUUGUGUUCCCAUGUGUCUUUGGUAUCUCUUCCCUUUGUGUGUUAGCUCACAGUGAUUUCUCCUCCUCCUGCCACCUGUGGUACAUAUUUUCAUAGAUAAUGCAUUAUUCCCCAGUGUGUCUUUUAUUCUCAAUAAGUGAGCAAACUUCUUGAGGGCAGGGAUCAUGUUACAUCAAUUGGAAAGUUUGCUUAUGUUUUAUAUUGAAGAAAAUGUAUCUUUUAAAAAACUAAAAUACAGCUUAUUGAGAUGCUGGUGAGUGGGAUGAUGGUAUGACACGAAGGCACAUGAGAGGUGAAAUGACCAGGAAUAGCAGAUUCAUGGCUCUGGUCGCAAGCUUACACAAGGGCUUACUUCUGUGGACUGGAAAGGCAGGCAGAAUUGCCUAUACCAUUUAGUAUGUUCUCUGUUUCGGUCUUUCUCACUUCUCCUUUCCCUCACCUUGUACUUCUCUCUCUCUCUCUCUCUCUCUCUCUCUCUCUCUCUCUCUUUUAUUUUUGCUAAGCUCAGAUAGUUGGGUAGUAUGAUUCCUCCCACUGUAUUCAUGAGUUAAUUUCUUCAUGAUGGAACCCCAGUUUACUUUAUGUCUCCCACAGUGGUAAAACCCUGUUUCUCUAUGAAAAGAAUAAAACUAGUUGAAUGAAUGAAUACAGGAAACAGUGCUUUGGGGGAUAGUGAGCAGGAGGUGAUGUAAAUUAAUUAUACUUACCAUCUGUAUGUUUUUCUUUGCAACUAAUUUGGUCAGGCAAGAAGCAGCCUAAGAGUUCUGUUUCUUGUACUUGAUUUAAAAUACCUGUGAGGGGAGAGAUUUGGGUCCAGCUAUCUCUAAAUUCCUUCCUAGUUCUAAGCUUUCUAAAAUCAACCCCCUACUAUUUUUGAAAAAAAAAAAUUUAAUGUUUAUUUAUUUUUGAGAGAGAGAGAGGGAAAGAACAUGAGCGGAGGAAGGGCAGAGAGAGAGGGAGACACAGAUCCGAAGCUGAAGUUGAACACUUAACCAACUGAGCCACCCAGUGCCCCUAAGACCCCCACCAUUUUUCAUGGUCUGAUUCUAAAACUAUUUAAAGCUCUAGUAGCAAAGCAAAAAAGUACCUAUACUGCACACUUAUUUCCUGGCAAUUUGGUAUAAUCUUUAGAAGUUAGAAUUUCCCUUCUUCUAAUUACUCAUUUCAGGAAUCUGAGGCAGAUAUUACUGAAUUCUGUUGCUUAAACUGUCCCAGAGGAAUCAAAUUAAACUAACUUUGAUUUAAGUUCUGAUCUCUGAUUUAGUAUAGUGUUAAUUGUAUUUAGUAUAGGUAAAUGAAAGAAGCUAUUUAAAAGGUUGAGAAAAUAGGGGCGCCUGGGUGGCUCAUUCAGUUAAGCGUCCAACUCUUGAUUUCACCUCAGGUUGUGGUCUCACAGUUCAUGAGUUAGAGACCCACAUGGGGCUCUGUGCUGACAACAUGGAGCCAUCUUGGGAUUCUCUCUCUCCCUCUCUCUUCCCCUCCCUUUCUCUUCCCCUGUCUCUCUCUCUCUCUCUCUCUCUCUCUCUCUCUCUCAAAAAUAAAUAAAAUCUUAAAAAUGUCAAAAACUAUAAAAGGUUGAGAAAACAAAACUGAGCAAACUGAGGAUUCUGCAUAGAGUGAAAUACUUUUAUUAGAACAUACUAGAAAAAAAAAAAAAAACUUAAGAUGUAAGUCUUGCUACUUUGACUCUCAGUGAUUUAACAAAAUAAAUUUGGACCAGGCUGCUUUGGGGGAGAGGUUGUUAGUGUAUGUGACAUAAUGAACAUUAAAGAAACAAAUAAGAGUGCAAUGUAUUAGUAAAAACUUUCAUUAUUACUUUGUUCUUGGGGAGCAGGGGAACUCUCUUAAUUACAAAAGUAAUAAGUCAAAUGCUGAAAAUUUGGAGAAACAGAACAAUAUAAAAAAUAAAGGAGAAAAAAAUAGAACAAAAGUCAUUCGUAAGUUUGCCAUGCUGCAGUAAUCACUAUCCUUGGUAAUCACAGUCUCCCCCUACCUCUAGACCCCCAACAAACUCAGAUAUGUUCUCCUUCACUCUAAUUUUGUCUUUUUUAGAGUGUCAUAUAAAUGGAACAUUUUGAGAUGGGCCUCUUCUCUCAGCAUGCUUGUGAAAGCCAUCCAAAUUGUUGCAUGUAUCAUUAGAAUGUUCUUGUUUGUUGCUGAGUAAUAUUCCAUUGAAUGGAUGUACCACUGCUUAUAUCCAUUCAGCUAUCAAGGACAUUUGGGCUGUUUCCAGUUUUUAACAAUUAUGAAAAAUGGCAGUAUUAAUGUUCAUGUUCAAUUUUCUGUAUUACAUAAGUUGCCUUUCUCUAGGGUAGGAGUAAACAAACUAUGCCCCAUGUGCCAAAAUUUCCUGUUGCUUGUUUUUACAUGGCCCUAUGAGCUAAGAAUGGCUUUUACAUUUGUGAAGGUUUGUAAAAACCAACAACAAAAGAAGAAUAUAAAACAGAGACCCUAUGUGGCCUACAAAGCUUAAAACACUUAAUGGCUGGCCCUUUACAGAAGAAGUUUGCUGGCCCCCGCUCUGGGGUAAAUACCCAUAUUCCUGGGUCAUGUGUGAUGGAAUGGGGGGAUGAUAUUAAAGCGGUUUCCAAAGAUGAAGCAGUAAUGUUGGUGAAUCAUCAGGCAACAGGAGAUGUAUGCACUCUGAUGAUGUGCCUCCAAGACAAAGGACUGGUUGUUGCUCAAAUGAUGUGGUUGAUGGACCAUAUUUUUAAGUAUACAAACUUUGGAAUUGUUUCUCUGAUUCAUGGAGACUUCUUUAUAAGACAGGGAAAAUCACAUCGUGACCAGCAGCUUCUUCUUCUCAAAAAGCACCUAGAAAAUAACUACAGGAGCAGAGAUCGAAAAUGGAUUGUUUUGUUUCCAGAAGGGGGCUUCCUCAGGAAGAGGCGAGAAACAAGUCAAGCAUUUGCCAAGAAAAAUAACUUGCCAUUUCUUACACAUGUCACUCUGCCAAGGAUCGGGGCAACAAACAUUAUUUUGAGUGCACUUGUAGCACGACAGGAAAAUGGAAGUCCAUCAGAAGGAGAUGCUAAAGAAUUAGAGAGCAAGUCAAAAGGCCUCCAGUGGAUAAUAGAUACAACUAUAGCUUAUCCCAAAGCUGAACCCAUAGAUAUUCAAACCUGGAUCCUUGGGUACAGGAAACCAACAGUCACACAUGUACAUUACAGGAUCUUUCCAAUUAAAGAUGUACCCCUGGAGACUGAUGGCCUCUCUGAUUGGCUCUAUCAACGUUUUAUUGAAAAAGAGGAACUCUUAUCACAUUUUUAUGAAACAGGGGCUUUUCCACCUCCCAAGGGCCAGAAGGAAGCUGUUUCCAGGGAGAUGACCCUCAGCAAUAUGUGGAUAUUUCUCAUACAGUCUUUUGCAUUUUUGUCAGGCUAUAUGUGGUAUAAGAUCAUUCAGUAUUUUUACCAUUGCCUGUUUUAGGAAUUGACUGGGACUUGUCAAGGUCACCAGAGGAGUUCAGACUUUCAUAAGUGUGCAUUAUUUUACAUGUGCAAAUCAGAAUAUAAAAAAAAAAAAAAAAGCAAAGGAAAUUCAAUGGAUGGAUUAAUAUUUAUCCCCCUUCGGGAUAUUUUAAAACUCUACUAAAAUGAGGAUCAGUAAUAUAAUGACCUGCUAAUAUGUUUUAAGGACUUUUCAUGUUUUCAAAAGAUACACUCUACCACACACUUAAGCGAACAUCCCACUCGAGAAGAGGAAAUCAUAAAACCAUCCUAGAAGACUAUCUGAGAGAAAUGCUGUUGCCACUAGAUGCACUUGGUAAUCUAGUUCAAGCUCAGAAAGUUGUGUCCGUUCCUCUUAGCUUGUAGUGUCUGUUAGGGCAGUGCUGCAGAGCACCAUCAUUUCCACCGACCCUAGCCGUGUCCCUAGGAGCCUCGAGGCAGGGGAGCCAUUGGCACCCUCUGAAGAACUGUUCCCCAGGGGUUUGCAGUGGCACUCCAGUGCCAGGCAUUCUCAUGGGGGGAAAGCAGUGUCCACUGGACACAUUCUGGUACUAGAAUGUGUUUCUAAAAAAGGCUAGCUCAGUCUAAUAUCGUGUUUACAUCGCUAGUGCUUUCCCUUGUAUGAGGGGGUCACUUGAUUUCUCUUUUUGUACAGAAGGCAUAUCAUAGAUUGAUAAUUGUCUUUUACAAAAUGCACUUUUAUCAGAUGCAUAUAUAGCAGAGGAUUAGUAAUAUAGCCUGAAAGCAAACGUAAGCCUAAUCCGUGAGUGGAAUUCUCGAGAGGCUGUGUUGUCUCUGCGCGUGUACCUGGACCCUGAUGCUCGGCAGAGGCUUCCGUCCAGCUCCGAGGCUUUUGUCUCCCGUUUUGGGGUAUUAGCACCAAGUUUGCUCGGGGGCAGCUGAAACCAACGUUGUAAAGCAUUUAAAUGAUCCGUUUGAGGUGAAAUAGGGGUUCAAUCAGAAAAAUAGGAGCUAGAGCCAGACACGGGCUCAAAAUGGUGACAAGCUGUCACACAGCACCCCUGAACCCAUACUCUGUCGUCACGUCACGUUGCUGCCUGUGUCAGGGUGGUGUGACCAGGAUUCAGACCAGCACAAAAGGCUUCCCCUGUCUCUUCCAGUUGCUUUCAAGGAGAAUAAAGUCAAGUGUCUAUUUCUAGAGAAGAUGUUUUUCCUACUAUGUUCAUGUGAUUUAUACCUCAUAGUAGAACCAGACUCUUCCCACAAAGUGCUGGGACUGCAUCGGCUCUUCCCGUGCAUUCCCAGUGUUGAGACAGAGCGUGUGUUUUAGUUUGGGACUGUAGGACUAUUAAGAUCUGAGUAAGUCAGUGGUAGUUUUCUGUGAUAUGAGCAUUGUAGAUUCCCGUGUUGUCGCUAAUCAUUCAAAUGGCAAUUUUGAGAAGUAGGCCAGAAAAUAAAAAUAAAGGCUAAUGUUUUCUAUUUUUAAAUAAACCAAAAAAGGAAACUGAAAAGAUGUGAAUUUUCUCCCAGUUAUGUGGGAAGGUAAAGCAACACCAAAUAGAAGUCCACAGCAGCUUCGUCUUUAGGUUAAUUCCGUGCAUAUAUGAAAGAGAAUAAUGUGUUAAUGAAAUACCUCGUUGCAUAUUAUGCCACUACUGGUAAAAUGCAGAAGACGGUGUUAAUGUGUUUGCUUCGGUAGUGCUUGUGAUCAGAUGCGAUUUUUUUUUUUUGAAGUCCAGGCAUUUUAUUGUGUGCUUUACAGUGACAGUGAGUAGGUGAAAUCAAUCUCAAUUAAGAGGCAUGGAUGACAAUAGGAAGCCAAAGAGAAGCUUAAUGAUGCUUCUGUUUGAGGCCCAGCAAACACUGCUAGAUUACAGGAUGAAUUGAAAUUGUUCAUUUGAGAGAUUAGUCAGCCAUCUGGGGGAUAAGUUGCUCACUGUCAGGGAUGGCAUGCACAGUCCUAGCUAAACAGACCUUUUCCUCAUUGCUAAAGCAAGCCACAGGUAGGAGUGGCCAGUUCUCCUACCAAAAAAAAAAAAAAAAAAAAAAAGAGAGAGAGAGAGAGAGAGAGAGAAAUGCAUACGUGCAUACAUAGAUGCGAUUUAGAGCCACUGUCACCAUCACUGUGCUCCAAAGGAACGUGAUACUGUUAAUAUACUGUACACAUUAAACCAACUAUUCUAUAAGAUGCUUUACUUUUCAAGCGCAGAGUCAUUUCAACAGACUCUAGAGUGACAAAUACCAAUAGAUACAUGAGUUCAUUUUUGAAAAUAGACCUGUGGGUUGUAAAUAGAUCCGUAUUUACAACGGAUCAAUCCCUCUUUGAUUGCUUAUCAAUGUGUUCUCUUUCUUCUGUUUGCAAAAUACGUUCAUUUGAGAGCAUCGAUAGUGCUCUCCUUACCAGUAACUGGAGUUCUCCUGCUCGCACUAGGGAAUGCGAAGAGAGAAUCAGUGUUCUUAUAUGGCAAAUCAGGGAAGCGGCAAUACGCCACUGUACAGAACUGAAUAAAAAUUCCCAAUUUGUACUUUCUGCGCAAAGUGAGAUGAAAGGUUUAGAGACUGUAUGUUUUGUUAAGGGGGAAAAAAUUAAAGUGUGCCAGUUUUAUACCAGUAGCUUGUAGAAUCUCAGCACUUCUUGAUCUCAGUUGAUCUGCCUAGAUUCCCGUGGCAGAGAAGGUUGAGAACUCCCUACUGGAUCCUGGUCUCAACAAGUCACAGCAGUGGAGCCCCUGCUUGGCCAUGGGCCAAGAGCAGGUGCAGUGAAUACAGAAGUGACCACACUGGCAGUUCACUCUUAACUUCAGAAACCAUUAUUGGUGUGAAAUGUACAGAUACGAUGGAGAAAGCUAUGCACCAGUGGAAGGUAAAGAAAAACUAUAGAAUGGAAAAUGAUGUUUUGGAGUGGGCAAAUAAGUUGAGAAUCUAGAUUUUUUAAAGAUAGCUCUGAGUUCAGAUCUGUCAUAAUAUUAAGUAGUUUUUAAUAUUACAAUCAACUGUUAAUUUCCCACUAUAAAGGAACUAGGGGUUACUGGAUAAUUAAUCCAAUAAUAUGUCAUAGUUAGCCAAAAAUCUAGUGUGUAUUUACGAGUUUGAGUUUUUUUCUCAUCAAACUUUUUUUUUUUCUUCUGGGGAUGCUUGUUGAUGAAAAAAAAAAAAAGAUUUCAGUUGUUUAUUAGUUUCUCUCAUUUAUGUAUUUUUGACUGUUAAUGAGUAGCGAAAAGAUUUGGGAAGACCGCUGCAAAAAGAGGGAACACAAAAGCCUAAGUAAUCCAUGGGCUAGAAAAGGAAUCCGUGAAUAAUCAGGAGUUGGCAGUAUUGCGAUUAUACUCAAGCCUUUUAUGAAAAUGAAAUGUUAAAUCACCCAAUGUAAACCUCACAUCAUCCUAGUGUUAAUAUCGUUCACAUUGAUGUUAAGAAUGCCUCUUCAUUCUUUGCUCAUGUUAUUCACUUCUUGUGGAUUUGUCUUUAGUAAUGUUUUUGACAAUCACUUCCCUAAAGACUCUUCUGAACUAGCAGGACCUGGUUAUAAUCAUAGAAAGUAGUCUUUAAUCAUGGACAGUCUUAUUGGAUUCUUUUUAUAUUUAAGAAAAUUUUAUUUGCGCUGCUGAAUAGGAAGAGUUCGUCAUUUUCUUCAUUACACAGGACUUCACUCCAGAGUUACCAUUACGAGCGGGUCCCCUUGGGUCCAUAAAGAUGAAUAAAAAUGGUUAGUCUCAUUUUUUGCCAUGGAGUGCUGUGAGCCUUACGUCUGUUAAUGUGAAAGACAAAGUCAAAAGCGGCACUGGGCAGCAGGUAUACUGGUUUAUUUUAUGAGGGGGUGGAGUCUAAUACGUUUGGGACCAAAACCACCUAAAUUGGACAUUUCUAGAUCACAAAGGGGCCGGGUGUCCUCUGGAGCGGUCACUGGUUGGUGCUUUAUUGCAAUCAUUUUGCAUUGAUCCUCAACAAUCCCAGGAACCGGACCCUGGGAACAAGCUGAGGGUGCUGAACUGUUGGGGAGGGUGACUGUAGCCAUAUGGAAGAAAAAUAUUGGUUUUUCUGCAGAAUUUCCAUUUGAGGAUUUUUACAUUUAAUACUUUUUAGAACAGUUGAAAGAGUGAAAAAUUUUUAAGUGUAUUCUAGUUGCAAAGUGUGCACACAUAUUUCAAAUGGCUUUAUUUUUAUUGUGUAGAACUGUUGAACACAUGACUGAGGCACAAGUUCUUUCCACGGGAGGAGUCUGCAUUUUACAGUAACUUCUGUGGUGACUGGGUAAUGACACAGUUGUACAUUGACCUGCCAUUGUUACAUUAAGUGCUUUCAUUUUCAUCACAGUUAUUGCAAAGUCGUAUUUAUUUUAUACAGGUGGAUUUUAGUUUUCCUGAUGCCAUAUGUUUACUUCUGCUUGUUGACCUGUUUUUCUUUCUUCAUGUAUCUGCAUGUUGUAAUGUAUUAUAAGAAUGAAUGUAAAGGCUGUGGCAACUGUAAUUAAUUUUUGUAAAGGGCUGGUCACACGUGGAUCUGGGUUAUGAAUGCAUACGGGAUUAUUUUAGUAACCAGAUCACCUUUUCAGAAAUUUAGAUGUGAACACCAAAAGAAACAUUUUCUCGACAACAACAACAACAACAACAAAAAUGAAUAGCUGGUUCUAUUUUUUUUUAACCUAGAAAAAUAAAGUUGAUUUUUUUCAAGUAAAGUGCUUUUACUUCUUAGUGGUGGGGAUGGGGUGUUUGUAUGUUUCUGGAGAUUCUUUGGCAUUAACAUCUGUGGACAUGUACUUAGAGCACAUCAUGGCAG